CCAUCCGUGACUGCUGAGUCAUGCGAUGAAUUUCGAAAAAGGGAACGAUGCUGUUCUCGGAACCCCCAACCCACACAAAGCAACAUGUUGAUAUCAGUCGCCAAAUCUGGUAGCGAUCAUUACUAUCAUUAUCUCCUCCUAAGCUUUUGAGGCGUGGCAUGUAACACGUACUAGAAAGCUUUUUUCGCACAUACUCCCCGGAUAAGAAAAAGCUGCACUAUGGAGUUACGUCCAGUGCCUGGCAGGCUCAAUACCAACUCUGCUGAUACCUUGACGAGCCAAACGUCUGAUCCUCCCCUUCAGGAGUUACGUCCAAUGCCUGGCAGACUUGAUACCGAUUCUCCCGAUACCUUAACGACUCCAACGUCUGAGCACCUCUCCACGGACAGCAAUCUUAACAUUGUGUGGUGGGAUGGUGAUAACGAUCCGGAACAUCCGUACAACUGGCCAGUAUGGCGGACGAGACUCAAUUGCACCUUGGUGAGCUGUGCCAGUUUUGUCGCGCCGCUGGCAACUACACUCUUUGCACCCGGUGUGCCCCAGCUCAUGCGAGAGUUCCACAGCGAUAGCGAAGAGCUUACAACGUUUGUUGUAUCCAUCUAUAACCUGGGCAUGGCAUUCGGUCCCCUACUCAUCGCGCCCCUUUCCGAAGUCUACGGCCGCGUCAAGAUAUAUCAUGUUUGCAACGUGGGCUUUGUGGCCUUUGUUAUCGGAUGCGCCUUGGCACCUAAUCUUCAGUCUCUAAUUGCCUUGCGCUUUCUCAGCGGCGUCUUUGGAGCAUGCUUCAGUGCCAACGGAGGCGGUUCCAUUGCCGACAUGGUCCCACAAGAGAGGCGCGCCGGUGCCAUGGCAGCCUUCACUCUCGGUCCUCUACUGGGCCCCAUCGCUGGGCCUAUUGCGGGCGGCUUCAUCACUUCUGCAAAGGGUUGGCGAUGGAACUUUUGGCUGGUAGCCAUCGUCGGCACCUUUCUGUCGCUCGUCAUGGCCCUCACCCUGAAAGAGUCUUUCCAUCCCGUUAUCCUCGAGGCCAAGGCAGCCAGGCUUCGCAAAUCCACUGGGAACCCUCUCCUACGAUCCAAGCUUGACUCCGGUCUGACCUUCAAACAUAAUCUCAGGCGCAGCCUUGUACGCCCGGUUAAGAUACUCGUGUAUUCACCUGUUGUUACACUGAUCUCACUCUACAUCGCUGUUACUUUCGGAUACCUGAAUCUCAUGUUUACUUCCUUCACCGAAAUCUUUGAGAAUUACUAUGGCUUUACUCCCGACCAGGUCGGGUUGGCCUAUCUCGGUCUAGGGGUAGGUUCCUUGGUUGGCGUCGCUUUGUUCCGCCUCACGUCAGACCGGUACUUGGCCAAGAAAGCCGCCGAUGCAAACGCCGCCGGCGAUAACUCUAACGUGCCCAACGGAGGGAUGAAACCGGAGUACCGCCUGACGAAUCUUCCAAUAGGAAGUCUCUUGGUCCCUAUCGGCCUCUUUAUUUACGGCUGGACUACACAGUAUCACAUUCACUGGAUGGUGCCCAUUGUGGCGACGGGUCUCAUCUCGUGCGGGAAUAUCCUAACAAUUACGCCUCUACAAAUGUAUCUUAUCGACGCAUUCCAUGUUCAUGCUGCGUCAGCACUCGCUGCAAGCAUCGUCCUGCGAUCUAUUGUUGGUGCGGCGUUGCCUCUAGCGGGUUUGAGGAUGUACUCAGCUCUUGGCAUUGGAUGGGGGAACAGUCUCCUUGGGUUCAUUUCCUUGCUAUUUCUGCCUCUAACAUUUGUGUUUUUAAGGUAUGGAGAGUACCUAAGAAAGCGGUUUGAGAUCAAAACUUUGUAA